GUCAAACUCAAAAGAGAAGUGAAAUACCUACAGCAGCAAAAAAGGUUGAGUCAAUAACAUCGUCUUUCAUAAUACUUCAGAAUCUAAAUCUAAUAGAAAUGUCCAAUGCGGCGCAAAAGUGAUUUUCAAUGGCUUGUGAUGUCUCUUAAGAAACUCUUAAAUGAAAAAGUUUCUUCCACUUGUAGCAUUAAAAUGUAAACGAAACAUAAGAAGGUCCACGUCCAGACAUGGGUUCCAGAAUACGAGACACAGUGCGAUACUUAUUUGAACUAUUCUGUGAAGUCUCGCCUGGAGAUCAAACAAGGGAACCUUAUAUUGUAAAAAAAUAUCCAGAUUCAUAUAGAAAUGAAGAAGAGUUGAAGAAUAUUCCUAAAUUCACAUUCCCUUGUCAGUUUGAUAACACUUAUAUACAAAAAUACUCUUUUGUAUUGACAUCAGUGGAUUCAAAAUAUACAUUUUGCUUUUGUCGAUAUGAUCCAAAGGCGAACACCACAUUUCUCAUAUUAUCACAUUUACCAUGGCAUGAUAUAUUUUACAAUUUAUUAAACUGCAUAGCUAACCUAGCGAAUAGUCCUGAGAGAGGGGAGCUGACGUCGUUUCUAGAAGCAUGUAGGAUACGGCCACCGAUGCCUGGGCAUACUCUCAAAGUCACAUACAAUGCUGGUCAUAAUGUGUUCUCCUGUCAAUGCCCAGAUAACAAGCUGCCGAGUAUUCCGGAAAAUUACAAUCUCACGGAAUACUUCAGCGCAAUGGACGGUAAAUGCAUGGUGGGGCUAUGGGCUGCACUACUACACGAGCGAAGGAUAGCCAUAGUCGCGUCCAAACCAUCUCGUCUCUCAGCCUGCGUUCAAGCCGCCAAUGCAACACUAUUCCCGAUGUCAUGGCAACACAUAUUCAUUCCAAUAUUACCCAAACACUUGGUCGACUAUCUAUUAGCACCCAUGCCAUUUCUUAUUGGAGUUCCUGGGAACGUAAUGAAGAUGGUGCGAAUGUCGGAGCUUGGAGACGUUGUGAUUUUAGAUGUAGAUGCAAAUGAAUUAAGAUCUCCUUUUAAUGAUUUGGAAAGUCUUCCACCUGAAUUGGUUGCGAAUCUAAGAAAAGCGUUAGGUGAUAAACACGUGCUCGGUGAUGUGGUGUCGAGGGCGUUCCUAAGAGCGUUAGUUUGUUUGAUUGGAGGCUACAGGGAUGCUAUAAGAAUUGAACGAGGUGAACGAAUAACAUUCAAUCCAGAGGCGUUCGUUAAAACAAGGAAAAACAUGCAGCCAUUCCUUAAAAAAAUACUCCAAUCACAAAUAUUUCAACAGUUCAUAGACGAGAGGCUGGACCUCUUGAACUCUGGGCGGGGCUUCAGCGACGAGUUCGAAGUGGAAUGCAACAAUUUCGCCGACAAAUUAAACACUGGCAGCGGGCAAAGGUUAAAAAAACAAUACCGCGAUUGGGCCAAAAACGUCAAAAAGGAAGGAGGCGCUUUCUUCAAGACUGUCAAAGAUAAAGCGAAUCCCGCAGUACAAUCGGCUGUGAAAACGGUCCGACAAGGCGGCAAGAAUGUGAAAUCGGCUGUGAGAGGAUUAAAAAAUAAAAUGCCUAAAACGGGAUCUAGACCAUCGUCUAUUAAUACAACGGACGAUAGCAGAUUCUCUUGCGGCUCCGCUACCCCGGUAUCUUCCGACUCAGACGCGUCCCCUUGCCGCGAGCCUCCCAACGAGCCGGCCCUCCCGCUAGACUUGCUCACGGAAAUGGAGUUCCUCUUCACAAAGAGGAGGGACAGCUUCCCGGGCACGCCGAGAGAUACCGCCAGCCUGCCUGACAAAGCCAAGACCCUGUCACCACAACCCCCACCCCGGUUACUGGACCGUCCCCACCCCCCCGUCGUCCGCUACCCGAUCGUAUCCACGGAGCGGCUAGUCGAUAUCUCGGACGCGCCCGCGCCUCCGCCACGCGCUCUGCCCGCGCCCUCUACGGCACACUUCGUCAGUAACAUCACAAAGAACGCGCCCAAAGCGAGCGACUUCCACACGAGCACCAUUCGCUUCUCGGAGGGCGGCGACAAAGCGAAAUUGAAAUUGACGCUGUCGAACCAAAGGCGGCAGUCGAACGCGUGCAACGGCGGCGCGGUGAAGCUGCCGGCCCCCGCGCCCCCCGCCCGCCCCGCCCGACCCGCGCACAAGCCCCGGACGCAAGAGUCGUGUGGCUCUGACGUGGAUCUCAUAAAACUGGACGAUUCGCCGACGGGCCUCGAAGAUUUCGAUCCGCUCAAGUAUCGGGAUAGAAAAGAGAAAAUCGAAAAUAUGGAAUCGUCCACCGAUAGUGCGCUUUUGCAUGAAUACGGUUUAGAUUUCAGCCAGUUCGGUUUGUCGAAUUUCACGAGCACUUCGAGCGCUGAUCAGGAGACGUCGUCCAGUGUGCCCAAAGGGUGGACUACGUUCAACUAAUCCGUACGCUUUAUAUUAUAUAACAAACAAAUAACGCGCGGGAAUACGUACCUAAAUAGACUAUUCGAUCUGUGGUUCGUUUGAAAUCAAAAGUUUUUUUUUACAUUGAUGUUCUCAUUGCUUUUUUGGCUGCGUAAUUUUUAUUAAUAUAUAUCUAUAGAAAUGGAUUAACAUAUAGACGUAAAAGUUAAAGUAAUGAGAUGAUAAAUUAUAUCUGUAUAGAUCGAAGGGACGUCGCUUUUAUAUUUAAAUAUGUUUAUAAUUUUAAUUAUUUAUUUAGUUUUAUUGUAUAUAAUGUUAUAUAUCAACGAGAUUUGUAAAUUAAAUACGUUUAUCUUUAAUUAAUAUUACAUCUGUAUAUUGGUAAAUGAAUUGUAUUAUACUUUAUAUUAUUUAUGUUAUUGUGAAGGAAACAUUUAAAGACACUCGACAUCGAAAAUCAGAAGAAACUUUUAUAAUAAAACAUACAUAGUUACCUCACCAUCACACUGGAUAUUUCGAAAAUAAACUAUCCUCGUAUCCUGUAAAGGUCAAAAAUAUAUAAACACAUGUUAUAUAUUAUUAUAUGAUACCAUGCAAUUAAACUACGUAUAAUACGAACACAUCGAAAAAUCAUUGUCUUCUAUUUUAAUGGAAACACUCUGAAUUUAUUACUGCAUACACAAUUAAUAUAAAAUACUCUGGAUUCAUCACAUUUCAAACGUAUUUCCAAAUGAAAUUAAUGACGGCAAAGUUGAUUUCUUAAUUUAUUUAUCUUUUUGAACGCACACGGAUUUCUACCCAUAUUAAAAAGGAAUGCAGGAAUUUUAAAGUGUGAAAGAAAAUUCGACAAUAUAUAAUAUUGAUAAAGCUCUGUCUCUCUCUCUCUUUUAAUUCCAAAUACUUGAAAAUGAAAAAGAAGGACAAUAGUGUAACUAAUCAAUUUAAAGGAUUUUUAAAAGGGUUAAAAUCUAUCACAUACAAUGUUUCUCGUGCCAAAUACAAAACAUUUAAUAACAUCUUUGCCGUUAUAGAUUUAAGAAUUAAUGCUCGUAUGUUUGAUUUUUACGCUUGAAUAAUAAAUUGAAAGCUUGGGAUCCUGGAAUGGAAAAAUACCCCCACGCAUCGCGAACAUUAUCAUAAUUGCUGUCUGUUCUUCCGUAUUGUUAUAUUUUGUUGUUAUUAUUUCUUAUUAUCUGUUGUAUCAGCUCAUCUCGAAUGUAACUGGAGCUAUGUUUUGUGCUGAGUUUAAAUGUCUAUUUGUUACGCUUUUGAUAUCCAACGUAUGUUUUUUUUAAUCUAUAAUCACAUUAUUAAUUAACUUAUAAAAAUUCAUAUAAAUUGAAUACUUAGUUAGAAUUUUAAUCUGACAUGAGAUAUAUUAAGUAUAUCAUAUUAUUUACAAAUACAUUUUUUACCUUAAGUACCUUAAAUUCAACGUAAAACAUAGUUCGAACAAUGUUUUAAAUCGUGAUGAUUUUAAUAUUAUUCCAUGUAAAUUAUUGAAGUACAAUUAGAUGUACGUUAAAUAAGGGAUUUGUCUAUUUAAUUUAUAUUAUAUUGUAUGAUAAUUGAAAUGGGUGCGUUGUCAUAGAUUAACGAUAUUUUUAAUAUAAACAUAUGGCCAUCCAGGAAAUUGUCCCUGAGUUUUAUUAAAUUUUUUACAUAAAUCGCACACAAUAAUAUCUACUCUUGACAAUAGCUUGGUUAAGUAAACUGUAAGGUUUUUGUAUGAAUAUAAAGUUAUAAACCCCUAAGUAUUCUACGUAGUUUCCGCACCCAUUUCAAUUAUUAUCUAUAACGAAUGCUAUUUUUGUAAGGUGCUGUAUGAAAAUUUUAUGAUUUGAAAUGAACUGAUUAUUUAUUGAAUGGACUUAUAAUGAGAAAAUAUUGUAAAAUUAUAUAUGAAGUCGUGAAUAAAGGUUGAUAAUUUACUUUUAGGCUCAAAAAUAUGUUUUACUAUAUUGAAUAACCUA